AUGGUGGAGCCAUCCACAGCUUUGUCAACGACUACAAGCUUAGCAGGUGCACCCCCUGUACUCAUUACACCAGUGCCCAUAAACAUGUUCCCUGACUGGGAGGUGGAUGGCUCCAGCCCCUCCUGCAUGCCCAGUUUGUGCAAUGUGACAUUUAAAAAGCUGGUGGUGUUAAAGGAGCUUGAGAAUGAGCAAUGUUCCGUGGUGAUUGCCAUAAAGAUACAGGGCUCCAAGUGCAUCCUGCGCUCCCACGAGAUUCUUCUGCCUCCCAGUGGAAAAGUGGAGGCCGACCUGACACUGACUUUCUCACUACAGUACCCUCACUUUCUGAACAAAGAAGGCAAUAAGCUUGAGAUAAUGUUACAGCAGCAGAAGCACUUUAAGAACCGAACCAUCACUGGCUAUAAGAUUCUUGCCUACAAGACACUGGCUCUGGGCACCAUCUACAUGGGUGAAGUGAUGCAGCAACCCCUCGAGGGUGGCCAGGUGCUGAGCCUCUGCAGCAGCCUCAAUGAGGCCUCUACCAAGGUGGCUGAGAUCUGGAUCUUGUCCCUGUCCUCCCAGCCCAUUGACAUUGAGAACAGCACCAUGCAGGCCAAGUCCAUUGAUAAAUACUUUGAGAAGUAUAAAAGCUUCUCCCAUGAGCUGGGGGCCAGUGACAAUGCCACAGAUGGGCAGAACUUAGAGGAUGAUUUGGACAUGGGGAAGCCCAAGAGGCAGCAACAUUCAAUUGUAACAACUACUUCCAAGACCAGACAACAAAAUUUUAAGCAAAAAAUCAUGGCGCUGCUGCACAGGUUCAUUGCUUCAAAGGAGGUCCUGGACUCAGAGCAGGACACUGCAGAGCAUGUCCCAAAGGAGAAGAAGUACUUGGACCUUCUGUAUGAAAUGCUGGAGAACCCCAGUGACACGGAGGAUGAUGACCCCAUUCCCAGCACCCCUGAGCCAAAGCUCAGGCCAUACAUCAAAGACCUGCCACACUUCAGCUCACAACCAGAGAUUGGGAGCACCCAUACUGCCUGGAGCCAGAAAACACCACUGACUCCCGCCAAAUUGCCUGAGAUGUGGGCCUGGAGAAGGAAACAACCAAGUGACAGUAUCUCCGACUUAGCCACCCCCAUGCCAACACCUAGGGAGCUGUUGGCACAGCCCAAGGACAGUCUGGAAGUAGAGACUUCCACCCAGGACAUGUUCCCUGAGAAGGUGCCACCCAGCAGGUACAUCAACAAGCCUGAGGCUCUCAACACCCUCAUCACCAGGACUGAGGGGGAGCAGGCUGGGUUUAGGGGUUGGAGCAGGUCCUUGAAGAAGUGGCAGCAGGCAUGGCCACAUAACGAGCUGCCCAACAGCUUGGAGAAGGAGGGCUGCCUGGACAUGCAGAGCCAGCUGCAGAUCCCCAGGAACACUGUGUUUGACCAUCUAAACCACAUCCUCAGCUCCCAAGACACACAGCCUGUGCACAUCAUCCUUAUCAACACCUCCGACUGGCAGGGGCAGUUCCUGUCGGACAUCCUACAGCAGCACAUGCUGCCCGUGGUGUGCACCCGCUCUGAUGCUGAUCUCCGAGAAGCCUUCAGCUCUAUCAUCUCAUGGAUAGAAAGAUCCUACAGCUGCAAUCCCCAGCCCAUGACGCCAGUGAAGAUCGUGGUGGUCGGGGCACAGCACUACCUCAGUGCCGUGCUGCGGCUCUAUGUGGAGCAGCUGUCCCACAAGAUUCCCGACUGGCUAGGCUACAUGUGCUUCGUGGUUAUCCUGCUGGGUUUGCACCCCAUGGCCACGUACCUGGGCUCUGUGGAUUACCACUAUAAAAUCUUCUUCCAGGACCUGGCCUGGCGCAACCUGUUCAACAGAAUGGAGCCCCAAAGCACCAGGCAGGACACACUGGACAUCAUGUGGAGAAUCACACAGUACAUUGUGGGGGCCAACUGUGUCCACCAGCUGCCCAUUGCGAAGGCCGUGCUCACCUACAAACAUAAGAGCCUCAGCGAGGAGUCCUUGCAGAAGUUCAUUCCCUUCCUGGGCGAGGUGAAGGUUGGAAUAGUGGAACUCUCCUCGGGCAUGUCGGGAGACUCUCAUGAUGUGGCCCCUUCAGGCUCCAGCAAGCUUUUGUCCACCCUGCCAUCCACCUCUCUGGCCACCAAAGAGGCCUCACCCACCCCACCUUUCUCCCCAUCAGUGAGUGAGGGCCUGUCCUCCCUUAGCCAGGACAUCAGCACCGAGAUAAUGGGGCUGCAUGUGGAUUGCUGGAUGGCAGCCCAGCCCACAGACAGGGGGAGAGACCUGCCUACUACCAACAACACGCUCAAAUACUUCACCCAGUCUCUCCAGGUCAGCAGUCUGCCCAUCAGUGGUGAGGCCACAGCCACGCCCACCAUGUCCAUGACCAUGGUCCCCAAGGAAAACAAAAAAGUGAUGUUUCUUCCCCAAAAAAACAAAGACAAGGAGGUGGAGCCCAAAAAUCAGUCCAUCAAGGGCAUCAGCCACCUGGUCUGCAGGGCAGAACAGCAGCAGGACAUGCAGAGGGUCAUCAUUGAUGGAGUGCAGUGGAACGAUGUACAGUUUCUCCAGCUGGAAGCCCAGUGGUCCUCCCACAUCACACACUUCCCCAUCUGUGUCUUUAGAAACUCCAGGUCCACCUUCUAG